AUGAGCUGGAAAUACGAAAUCGUCGACGAGAACGAAACAAGAAAGGAGCUAGAUAUUGAAUCGUUGAUCAAGCAGCGAGAUCAAAUCGUGGCCACAUUUAUUCGCCAAUCUUGGGCUCAAGAAAUCAUCAAAAAGACUCUCAAAGUCAACAAUAAUCCGAAUCCAAAAGAAACGAAGCCAAAACCAGUGACGUCGCUCAUCCAAACUUCGACAAUCACACUCGUCAAGUUUACUGACGAACAACAAGCUCAACUCUUACAAAUGCAAGUUGCGAAUCAUGCCGUCGAACCGAUGAUCGUAAAGAAAGAAAAAAUCGAUGAUGAUGAUGAUCAUGAUAAGCCAAUACCCGACCAAAAAGUGCCAAUUUCGUCAGUGAAGCAAGAAUCUGAGUUAAUCGUCAAAACUGAGCAAGAAUUCUUCGACAACUAA